CGUUACCAAAAUCUGAAAUCUGAGUGAUGAACAAUACCGCCGCUAGAGGGCGGUCAUGUUGCCCUAAAGACAAUCACAAAGUCAUGUGUUCCCCCUACUUCAGCUGUUGAUUUUUGGUUGUACUGUUCAGGUUGUCCGCCAUAACCAGCGCUUCACUGGCGUUGUUAGACCAAUCCAAAUGUAGGCCCGAGUCUUUAUCAAACGAAGGUCAUGUCAAGUUUCGUGGAAUCAGGAAGGAGAAAAUACUCUCCUACUGAUGACUUGUGGGAGAGCGAGAAGGGGGAUGACGGAGAUUCCUUAGUCACGGAGCUCCGGCUUGUCUUGAUCGGAAAGACAGGAUCUGGGAAGAGUGCCUCUGGGAACACCAUCCUGGGCCGCAGACACUUCCUGUCAGAGCUAAGGGCCAGUUCAGUCACCCAAGCCUGUGAACAAGGAAGCGCAGACCUGACUGAGGAGGAGGAAGGAGUCACAAGAACAAGGACGAGAGUGCUGGUGGUAGACAUGCCUGGUUUCGGAGACACACGUUUUGAUGCUGAGCAUACUCAUUCUGAAAUGGCAAAAUGCGUGACGCUGUCCGCCCCGGGCCCCCAUGCCUUCCUCCUGGUGAUCCCCCUGGGCCGCUACACUGAGGACGAGGAUCGUGCCGUGGCGGAGAUGGCUGACAUAUUCGGAGAGACGGCGGUCCGUCGCCACACGCUGGUCCUGUUCACCCGUGGUGAUGACCUUGAAGGGAGGGGGAUGGAGGAGUAUCUGGGAGCCAGCGCCCCUGUGGAGCUGAAGGCCCUGUUAGAGAGGUGUGGGGGCAGGUACCACGUCCUCAACAACAGAAACCCCAGUGACCUGCAACAGGUUAUAGGGCUGCUGGAGAAGGUGGAGAGGAUGGUGGAGGAGAACAAUGGAGGCUUCUACACCAACGCGAUGUUCAGAGAGGCUGAGACUGCCAUCAGAGAGGAACAGGACAGGAUAAUGAGAGAGAGAUGCCAGGGAGUGCGACAGGACAGGGAGAGUGUUGAGCUAGCCAAAAGGCGAAAAUGUGAUCAAGAGCGGAUUGGGUGUGCAGGAAUUGGAAGUAGGUGGGCUGAGAAGGGGGGGCCACCUCAAGGGUCAGGGUUAAGGAAAAGGGACCUGGAGAAAGGAGGAGAGGAUGAUGAGGGACAGAAGAACGGCAGUGCCGAGGCCCUGCUGAGGGACAGAGGCGACAGAUGGGGGCAGCUUUUCAGGACCAGGCGGCAGGGCAGUAACAGGGUCCUGAGCAGAAGGCAGUCGUUCCACUCUGCCCUGGAGCAGUUCAGGAGGGACGCUGCCCUCUCUGGGAAGGUCCUGGAGAAAGUCAAGGUCCUGGUGGCUGCUGGGGCCACUGGCAUGGCCGUGGGGGCAGUGUUUGGGGCGGCCGCUCCUCUGGCGGCGGCGGCGGGGGCGGCAGCCAUGGGGAACACAGUGGGCUUCGCCGCAGGGCAGCUGGCUGGGGUGUCAGUGGCGGGGGGUACCAGCAUGGGAAAGGUAGUGGGCGCCAUAGUGGCGGCAGCCACGGGCAAAACGGCCAUGGCUCUAGGGGCGGCGACUGGAGGAGUACUUGGGGGAUCUGUGGGCGCCCUGGCCGGGGCGGAAGCCGCCGGUCCCGGGUCGGCCGCUCUGGAUGCUCUGGGCCAGGUGAGCCUGAUGGGAACCGCGGCAGUGGGAGUUGCAGCGGGGGUGGGGGGUGCCUUGGGGGCAGGAGCCGCCCUCGGGGCCGCCCUGGAAGGUGCAUCUGUCACCGCUACUGCCUUGACAGGGGUCGUUGGUGGGGCUCCCGCUGUCGCAGCUGGGACGCAUGCAGCCGCCUCUGGGGGCAGUGUUGCAGCCGGAGCCAUUCAGUGUGCAGGGGCCACAGUGACAGACGGGUUGGCUGUGGCCGGGCCCGUGGCUCAGGCCGGUGCAGCGUGUGGCACUGCAGGGCGGGUUGUAUCUGACGCCUGGGGCUCCAUGGGAGCCACAGCGUGCGUCAUGACCGCCGUGGCAGAGAUAGGUAAGGCUGCGGCGGGCAUUGCCCUGGCUGGAGGGCUGGUGGUGAAGGUGGUGAAGGAGCGCAUCAGGAACACCACCGGCUCCGCAGACGGCAACUAUUCUGAAAGGAAGUCCUAUGAGAUGAUCUGGAACAAAUGAAGGACGUUCAGGCCUACGAGACCGCCAGAUGAAGAAAGCAAAGGCCUGGAAUCUCAGGGCCUUUUGAAGUUUGAAUGCUGGUUCAAUCAAUAAGCACAUUAUUACAGUUAUCAAUAAAAGCAUGUGGCAUGUGUUUCUUUUACUUGAAGUGGGUGGUAAUCUUUUAUCCACUGUUGUUUAACUCUAGCUCUGCAGUGUAGCUUUGUUCAAGCACUUACCUUGGUGUAUUAGCUUUUUGACACUUCCACAGUGUAUACAAUUGUCGAUAGAAAUAGCUUUAUAACCUUUUAAAUGGAAAGCAGUAUUGAGAUUUUCACACUUACAUUUUUGGAGGUUUGAUAUUACAAAACAUUUUCAAACUUAGUAGAACAAAUAUGAUGUACCUGGUUCACUGACACAUUAUGAGUAUGUAUUAAUUUGCAGUGCUUUGGCUUUAUGCAACAAGGAGUGUUUUUUUUUUUUUACGGAGAAUUGCUUUAGGAUAUUCAAAUGCAUAUUAAAACUAUAUUUGUGAACUCUC